AAGGCUGGUUUGGCUCAUAAGUGUUGCACACAGCAUAACAAUUUCAGGCGCUUAGAUCGCAAGUGUACCCAGGUAGACAAAUGGCCUAACGACAAAGGUAGCUUUAUUUAUUAUUACCGUGUUCAUUUCUGUUCCGAACCCGCCAUGGAUUGGUCGCAUCUGCCGUUGGACCCGUUGGAAGUAAUUUUCAGUAAGCUCGAGUUUAAAGAUCGGAUUGCUUGCUCGUUGGUGUGUCGCAGCUGGUGUAGUGCUCUGUUCUGUUGCCCAACAUUGGCUCGCAGUAUUGUGUUUAGUAUUGGUCCUAAGUAUUGCAGUGAAAUUAAAAGUAUAAUAAGAGCUAGCGACCGCAAUUACCGCCAGCUAGCAAUUGUGUUGAAUGAUACCUCUGCUUUAACUUUAGAUGAAAUUGUUUCGGAAGCUUCCGAAAAGUGGGAUGUCAGUUAUGUUUCGCUGAGCUAAGUUUAGAAUUUACCAUGGAUCGCGUGUGGCCAGAGAUGCCAGUGCAAGAGGUAACUUUCAAGCAUUUGAAGAAGUUUCACUACUUACAAGUUUACAUAGGUCCCAAUCAUAUGGGCAUACUAUUUCGUUUGAAAAUUCCAAAACUGGAGUCGGCAUCAAUAGUUCUUGACUCGCUGGCUAAUGAGGAAGCAAUGUACUGGGAAGAUCCUUUAAUAGAACUGUUGGAAUGUGAUGAACUGAGAUCAUUGGAAGUUGAUUUGAACAGCACUAUGUGGGAUAACUUUUUUGGAGUGAAAAGACCGAAAAUGGAGCGUCUGGUGAUACGACGCGCCAGUGAUGAAUGCCAUGACCGGGAUUGGAAUCAACUUUUCAGUAAUAUGCCGAACAUAAAGCACGUAGAAUUUGCUUUCUCAAACGAUAUUAUGCUUUCGAGUUUGGUUAAUAAUUGUAAACACAUCGAGCAGAUUAUGUUUUACGGUUUUUGUCUCCAUCAUGGAUCUUUUGCUAAUAACAUGGAGCUACUCCAACUAAAGCAUGUACACUUGGAUGGCUGGUUAACCGGAUCACUGUUUUCCUCAGAAGGUCGGUUGGAUUUGUUUCAUCUAGAUGAGCUGACAUGGAAGUAUGUAGAGUUGGCACCUGCUCAAGGCACUUUCACAAUCGUCGCACCUGAAUUAAAAAGGCUGACUUUGAGAGGUUGCGAUUACAAGCGGUUUCUGUUAGAAAUCGGUGACUGUUUGGAAGACGUAGAUAUGGAUUAUUACGAAACUCAAAUAAUGACACCGAACUUUUUCGGUUCGCUGGAACAUCUUCAGAGACUUACCCUGCAUAUCAAUAGUAACUCUCAGAAGUUGGCACUGGAAAUAGCACCGAUGCUGAGACUCAAAUACUUCGAAUUAGUAUGUUCUACGGAACGUCACGGAUACAACUGUAAUGCUCUAUUUCGCGGCAUUUGUGAGAAUUGUCCAGAGCUGGAAGAGAUGUGCAUACGUAACGAGCACGAGCACGAACUCAGACUAGGCUACUCUUUCUUUGUGCAGUUGGUUAGACUAACGCAGCUUCGUAUACUUACAAUGCACUACGUUACUCUGCUUGACGUUACCGGAGACAUGCCGCUGCGGCAUUUACAGCGGUUGAAUAUUUGGGGGUGUACAAUUUGUGAUAAUUCAUCAAAACAAUGUUUCUUUUUUCGAGCAGAAGAAAACAAAAUGGAUACCUCAGAGAACGCGGUUCAAAUGACUUAGUGUUGGAAAAUAUCUGGAAAAAUUAUACAAACAUUUUACACUGAAAACAGCAAACGAAGGAAAUUGGUUUUACAAUUAAACAUAACAACAUCACCAUAGUUAGCAGCAUUCAUCACGCAGGCAGGAAAUGUAACCAGUUUUUUUUAAGUAGGUUUGAUAAUGCCAAAUGGUUAAAUCAACGAAAAAGGUCUGGAGAUAGGUAUCCGAUUUAAGGUGAAGUGGAAAUUCGAGAAAGUACUUCGAACUCAUUGUAACAAAAGUAAAGAAAUAUCAAUAUUAGCAGAAUUCAAUAGUUUUGUCUUUGCAUAUUGUUUGAGAAGUGUGUGUUCGUAAAUUUUAGUAUUCGUAACAGUGAACUUUAUUUGUACGUCAUAAUUAUUUAAAAGAGAGAUAAGGUAGUUCUUAGUGUAAGCAUGUAGAAUGUGACAUUUUAGGGGCUAUUUUACGCAUUUGAAAACAAAAAUUUCCGGACUACUUCGUGAUUAGGGCGAAACUAGAUAGGAAAACAAGCAAGGAUUCGCCCUUAUCACGAAGUAGUCCGGAUUUGUGUUUAAAUUCCGAUAUUCUAGACCCGAAAGUUCUUUAAAAAUCGCCCCAUGCAUGUUUAAUUUAUUUGUGCACUAUUAUGAAAUUAAAAACAUCACAAAUAGCCAUAAUACACAUUAGGCUAAAAACAUAUGAAUCUUUUGUAGGUCCCUUAUGCCCCUUAUGUACUAUUAUGUUAGAUAUUAAAUUAUUUUGUUCAUAUUAACAGAAAAUAUAUUAUAAUGCACAACUGA